AUGGCCUCAGCCACCAGUGAGCUGGCUCUGCAUUCAUCACCGUCUAACAGCAGUCUUUUGCUGUUAAUGCCCACUCGUAGCGGAAUUGGGCGUCGCUCGGUCUACGGGACCGGGUCGAAUGCCUCUCCUGAUCCCGCCCACUUGCGUCGACCACGUGGCCAUCCAAUUGGGCGCGUUUCAGGCUCGGCCUCCGGUGGCCCUGAGGCCGUAGCUCCCUGCCUGAUGAAUGAGACCCGAGCCGUAAAGUCUCGCCGUGCAUUACCAUCCGACGUCGGCAUUGCUCGAUCACGAGGUUGGCUUGGAACGGCCGCUCAAGCGACUGGGUCGGCUGGAGAUCAAAUGGAGCGAAGCAAUAGUAUGACAAGUAGCCUGACAAUAGCAGCUCGUCUGCGUCGUCAUUUUACAGGUGCCUGGAGGGCAGGAUCACUUGCCCCUGAAUCUCCUGGACUAAAAGCUGUCCGUGGCAAUACCAGCAUGGCUUAUGACAGUCGUAGUCAGGAAUGCCGUAUAAACGGUCCGAAGGAAUAUCAGCUAUCACAAAACAGUCACUCUGACAACCAUACCACUGAAGAGGUUGGAGCGAAUACAAUGGCGAGCGAAACACUAAAUACCUACGAUGCUCCGAAGAAAGAUGGAUUGACACAACAGAUAUGUCAGCAAGAACAGAAGCAGAAGGCGGAGGAGCAAGCUGAUAUAGUGGACAAGGAAAAUGUGGGAGAGGAGAUGGAGGUUGAAGAUGGCAGCGAAAACGAGAAUGUCUCUUUUGGUUGCCGAGGCCGUCAGAAGCGACGCCGUGUCUUAUGUCCCGAGGGCAAGCCAGAAGUGCCUCAAGUUUUGCGACUUGCGAUUCCAUACCAUCUCCGAAUUCCAGUGACCAGUUGGCAGGUCACCCAAAUACGCCAGCUAAAUCAGGGUUCACGAUCUCCUAGGCUUUUAGUGCGCUUUACUGGGUCAUGGAAGACGUAA